UCGUUGAACGGUUUUUAUUAUUUUUAAUGUAUGUUGAUAUUAAAUUCUCAUCCGCCACUAUACUUCGCAACUUGGGUCACUGCCGUGUCUCGGAUGAUACAUUGUCUGCCCGGCUACUUAAAAGCAGUCUUCAAGUCAUGUCAGAGGCCCUCAAAUUAAUGGUGCUAUCAACAUCCAACAUCAAGAACUCACUGAUGGAAUACAAUGGGUUCUCCACCAGCAAUCCCCUCAGCGCGCCCUGGAAUCGCCUGGUCGACAGGUCUAUUGCCGCUAUUGGUAGCUUGUUGAAAAGUCUCACAGACAGGUGGGCAAGGCCAGUUCGCGUCCUGCUCAGCCUCUGGUACGGUACGUCCAAUCUAUGGCUAACCCUUGUAUUGUAGGCAAGAAAACUCUGCCUGGUGGCAAGAUCAUUCA